AUGGCGUCAUCAGGAACAACACAACGUCUCCUCCGCGAACUACACGACUACGCCCGCGAACCCAAUGAGGCCUUACUACAUCUCGGUCCAGUCGACGAUAACGACCUAUUACGCUGGGAAGCAGUCCUGAAGGGAGUUAAAGAUACACCGUACGAAGGCGGCCUCUGGCAACUCCAAAUAACCCUCCCCCCAAACUACCCCUUCUCCCCACCAAAGAUCAUCUUCAAAACGCGCAUCUCCCACCCAAACAUCUCCUUCGCGACCGGCGAAAUCUGUCUAACCCUCCUCACGACCGAGCACUGGAGUCCCGUGUAUACCCUCUCGUCGACGUUAACGGCCAUUCACCAGCUGCUGACAGAUCCGCGGCCCGACUCGCCGUUGAAUGUGGAUGUGGCUGCUCUGUUAAGAGACGGGGAUAUUGCAGGGUGGGAGAGUCUGGUGAGGUUUUGGACGAAUGAGGAACGGUGGAGCGGUUCUUUAUAG